UAUCAGCCUCAUAGAAAUUCAUCAGAUGGAUCGGACCUCAUAAUAGUUUUGCUGGCGCUCGCCUUUUACGCACAGCCGCGUCGUGACUCUGCCGUCUGCGCUCUCCGUCUGAACCGGAGCCUCUUACGCACAGAGCGGCGGUGGACUCGCCCCUCUCCGUUGCUGCCUACCAUACCUGACUGAAUUUUCUCUAGCUGUCAAAUAAGGAGAACUACGGGGGACAGGACAUGUUUGGGAAGUGGAGAGGACUCACCGGACUGUCCACAUGUUGGUGUCUGCUGAUGCUGAUUCAUUUUUUGCCCCAAGCAGAUGCAGCCUUCACAUGCAGCUCCUCUCAGCUGAGGUGCGGAAAUGGCAGGUGCAUCACCCGCAGGUGGAUUUGUGAUGGAUCAGACGACUGUGGUGAUGGAACUGAUGAACAGCCUGAAACCUGCGCAAACAAAACCUGUCUGCAGUCAGAGUACAGCUGUGGUGCUCCCAUCAACCAGUGCAUACCAGAGGGCUGGCACUGUGACGGCAAGGCUGACUGUGACAACGGGGCUGAUGAGACAAACUGCACGGCCAAACAAUGCAAGGCUGACCAGUUUAAGUGUGCCAAUGGCCAGUGUGUGUCCACUGCCUUCGUUUGCGACAGGGACAACGACUGUUCGGAUGGCUCAGAUGAAGCUUCCUGCCCCAAGCCCACCUGCAACUCGCGUUCCUUCCAGUGCAACAACAUGGUGUGUGUGCCGACUCUGUGGCGCUGUGACGGAGACAAGGACUGUGCGGACGGCUCAGACGAAUGGCCGGAGAACUGCGAGGGACAACAGCCCAAUAAGCCUGCUGUGCGCUGCAGUGUCCACGAGUUCCAGUGUGCAAACGGGGAGUGCAUCCACAGCAGCUGGAGGUGUGACGGAGGCUUGGACUGCCAAGAUCAGUCGGACGAGGCCAACUGCAGCCGCCCCGCUUGUCGUUCAGAUGAGUUCCAAUGUAAUGAUGGCAUGUGUAUCCAUGGCAGCCUCCAGUGUGACAAAAAGCACGACUGCAGGGACCUCAGUGAUGAGAUUGGCUGCCACAUAGAAAGAGUGUGUGAAGGCCCUACCAUGUUCAAGUGUCGCAGCGGGGAGUGUAUCAGCAUGGAGAAAGUGUGCAACAAACAGAGAGACUGCAACGACUGGUCUGAUGAGCCUGUCGCAGAGUGCACCAACAAUGAGUGCUUGACCGGAAAUGGUGGCUGCUCCCAUUACUGCAACGAUCUGAAGGUUGGCUUCAACUGUUCCUGCCCGGCUGGAUACAGCCUGAAGAUGGACAAGAAAACCUGUGAAGAUGUCGAUGAAUGUGCUGAGCCAGACACUUGCAGUCAGAUCUGUAUCAACCUGCCCGGCAGCUACAAGUGCGACUGUGAGAACGGCUAUGAGAUUGACCCUGCGAGCAAAACAUGCAAGGCUGUAUCAGGAACUGUACCCACCCUCUUCUUCACCAACAGACAUGAGGUAAGGAAGAUGACGGUGGACCGCAGAGAGUAUGUCCGUUUUAUACCUCAGCUGAAGAACGUGGUGGCUCUGGACAUGGACAUGCCUAACAAGAUAAUCUUCUGGUCUGACCUGUUUCUGAAGAAAAUCUACAGUUCCAAGAUCGACAUGGCUGGUAACUCCUCUCAGCACACUGUAGUUAUUGACAGUGGGAUUGAGGCCCCAGAGGGCAUUGCAGUGGACUGGAUCCAUGGCAACAUCUACUGGACUGACAGCGUUUUGAAGAGUAUCUCUGUGGCAACAACAGAUGGCAGCAAAAGGAAGACCUUGAUCACAGAAGACCUGGAGAAGCCAAGAUCUAUCGUAGUUGACCCUGUAAAUAACUUUAUGUACUGGACAGACUGGGGUGAGGCGGCCAAGAUAGAGAAGAGUGGGUUGAAUGGAGCAGAUCGUGUUGCCUUGGUAACAGAUAAUAUUGUGUGGCCCAAUGGCAUCACCCUAGACACGGUCAACCAUCGUCUGUACUGGGUGGACUCCAAGCUGCACACUCUGUCCAGCAUCGAUGUGAACGGAGGGACACGACACAGUCUCAUUUUUAGUGAGGAAAAGCUCCAACACCCUCUCUCUCUGACUGUGUUUGAGGAAAAGGUGUUUUGGACAGACAUGACCAGCAGUGCUGUUUUUAGUGCCAACCGCCUGACAGGAAAAGACAUCACCAAGCUGGCAAUGGACCUGGAUCAGCCAGAGGACAUCAUACUGUACCACAACCUCAAGCAGCCAAUUGGUACAAAUUAUUGUAUAGGGAAUAACAUUGUGAAUGGUGGUUGUGAGUAUCUGUGCCUUCCUGCACCUCUGAUCAACCAGCACUCUCCAAAAUUCACCUGCGCUUGUCCUGACAACAUGACCAUGGGGACUGACAUGAGGGAAUGUGUGACCGCCUCAGUUGCCCCUCCCAGCACCAACAAAACUCCGCCACCCCCUCCGCCGCCCAAAGUUCCCAACAAGCCAAGUACAGCCAGACCUGUCCCUACCACUACCACGACUACAACGACCACCUCGUCUAGUCCGUCCACACAAAGCACACAGCAGCCUGCUGCUACUGCUCAAGGUAACAGAUUGGCAGCCUCGCCUCAAGAAGCACCUUCAUCCCACCCCGUGGCUCUCUACAUCGUGUUGCCAAUUAUGGUCAUGGCCCUGCUGAUCUUUGGAGCUGCGUUGCUCUGGAGACAUUGGCGUCUGAAGAACACCAACACCAUCCAUUUUGACAAUCCUGUGUACCAGAAAACCACCGAGGAUGAACUUCACAUCUGCAGGAGCAACUCUGACGGCUACGUUUAUCCUCAGAGGCAAAUGCUGAGUAUGGAGGAUAUGGAUGUUGCAUGACCCAAAGAUGAAGAAGACACUUUUCACUUUAUUUGAAGUGAUUUUUUUAUUUUAUUUUAUUUUUUUUGAAGGGCCUUUUUUUUUUUUUUUACUGCUGCUGCCUCUUCCCUCCCCUCCGGUGAGCUCAUUUUGUGGUGUACGUUUCUGACCUCAGCACUGUGCCGUCCAAGUAUGAAGAAAGAACUGAAAAAGAAGGAACAUAUAAAAAGAUCUUUGAAAGUUUAGUAUGACAAAAUUGAGCAUAACUGCAGGAAGCCAUUUAGCCAGACCACAAAAUGGUUUCACAUUGAAGGAUUACUGCACAGUUUCAGAAGACAGUGUUCUUCAUCCUGGAGCCUUGACUCUUUUGAAGCUGUCCAAAAAGCGUCUAUCUCAGCAUGUUGUUGUUGACGUAGACACUUGCUUACGUUGCCAUCAACAAAUAACUCCAUCAUGUGGAUUACCUAAAUACACAAAACACAAGUCACAAGUUUAACUUGAAAUGCCUGACAUAUAUUGUCUUUAAGAUUCUUGUGUGCCUUGCAUCCACACUGUGGAUAUUUGGUAAAGAUUAAUGGGUGUACAUAAAUGCCUUACUUACUCCUUUCUUCCAAAGCAGUCUCUGUGUAGGUAAUACCACAGUGCUUUAGCCCCAGGCUUUCAUAAUUAUACUGUGGCUUUGUCUUCUUCUGGGCACAGAAUUGCACAUUUUUGUUGGCUCCCAUAUCAGAGCAAUUUGUCUUUACUGUCAUCCAUCAUAGUCUGUAAGUGGCAUUUUAAUCAUAAUAAUAGCAUAAUAACUCUUAUGCUGUUAUUUUUGUUCCUUUUGCGACCCGUCUUCAAACAGGGUCAUCUGUGUGUGGUGAGUCACAGAUGGUUUACAUUAUAAAUGAAAAAGCUGCUGAGAUUUCUGAAGUCAACCAAAAUGAAGAAAAUGUUAAGUAAAAAAAAAAAAAAAAAAAAAGUCACUGUAGGUGAUUACUUAUCAAAACAGUGUAAAUAGUUUCUGUAAAUAUUUUGUAAAACUCUCUAAAGGUCAUUCUGAUGUUGCCCUUUUACAUUUGUACAUUUUUAAUCAAGAAAUACUGUAAAUAUGUAAGAGAUUCUUUUAUUUAUUUAUGGAAAUAUAUAAGAGAAGGUUUUUGAUUGUUGUCAUGUGGCAAGUUAGCACCUACCACUGUGAAUUGUUUUUGUUCCAGUAAGGUCAGUCUAACCAUUACAUUGUACAGCUGAUAUUUAUCUUAUAUUCGAUCAAACCUUUGGACUUUGGACACCUGUUCAGAUUAGUGUGUGACAGCCUGUUUGAGAAACUGUGGCAGGUUAGCGCUGGAGAAUUUUGAAGCUCUCCUCCACCGCUGUUGCUUUUUCAGUGAGAAGUCGCGUAAUUUAUUUUGCUUUUUGCCUUUCUGUUACUAAGACUCUUUGUUUUCACUGUGAGAUUAAGGCACAUAUUUCAGUGUGCAAAUAAUAACGUUCUCCAUCACAGCAACAUGUAUGUAAGGAUAAGAACUGAUGCACCACAGCCUGCUUGUUAAUGCACAUUGUUUGAUUUUGUGUUGUUCUGUUUUAAAUAAAAGAAAAAUGUUUAA